AUGCCCAUGCACAGCAGCCUCAUCCCCCGCGAGGGCUUCACCUUCGAUAUAAUCGCCCGGGUGGUGCGUGCUACGGCCUUGAACCCAGCCGUACUGCUGCCCAUCAUCACGCUCGCCCUCUUCACCAGGAAGGGUCAGGAGCUGUCGAUACUGCAUCCGGCGGUGGGAAAGUUGCUGCGCAGCCUGCUGUACGCGGGUUUGUGGCGCGUGCUGAGCGAGUGGCUGUCGGACGGGAUGCUCAAUGGCUGGGUGGGCGACAGCUACGACUGGACCGAGGAGGUUGUGCUGAUUACGGGAGGAGCGGGCGGCAUAGGCGGCGAGAUGGUCAAGCUGUUCGAGGAGAAGGGAAUAACCGUCGUGGUCCUCGACGUUCAGCCCCUGACUUUUACCACGUCCUCCAACGUUCACUACUAUCAGUGUGACCUCCGCGCGGCGCACAACGUCGAGGCCGUGGCGGCCAGGAUCCGCGCCGAGGUGGGCUCGCCCACCGUGGUGAUCAACAACGCCGGCGUUUCGCGCGGCAGGUCGGUCCUGGACUCGACGGCCGACGACGUGCGCUUCACGUUCGACGUCAACGCGCUGGCGCCCUUCUGGGCGGCCCAGACCUUCGUCCCCGACAUGGUGGCCCGAGACCACGGCAUGUUCGUCACCGUCUCGUCGCUGAGCGCCCACAUGCCCAUGCCCAAUAUGGUCGACUACGCCGCCUCCAAGGCCGGCUCCGUGAGCCUGCAUGAGGGCCUGACGGCUGAGCUGCGCGCUGUCCACGGCGCCCACCGCGUGCGCACCGUCCUCGUCCAGACCGGCCAUGUCGCCACCCCGCUCUUCCGUGGCUUCCGGCAGGACUUCGGCUUCCUCAUGCCCAAGCUCUGCCCCGAGACUGUUGCCGAGGCCGUCGUCCACAAGGUUCUCUCCGGCACGAGCGGGUCCGUCACGCUCCCCGCUUUCGGUAGCUUGGCCACCAGCCUUCGAUCCUGCCCCGACUGGUUCCAGUACUAUCUCCGCCCCAGGUUCGGGAGAAGGUCUCGCUGGGAUGGCCGUCAGGUCAUCGAGGAUAUCUCACCUCCCUAUGAGACUAACAAGGCUAGUAGAAGUAGCCUGGGAGAGAGUGAUGUCGGCGAGAGCACCGUCUUGGUGUCUUCCCAGGACCACAAAGAGUAA